AUGUCUGCUCUUGAGAGGUUGCCACUUGAAAUUCUCCAUGAAAUCGUGUCGUACCUCCACGAUGGCUACGAGCGUCAUCACUUCGGUGGAUACGACCCUCCUCUAGGCCAGCACGAGAUAGCAGGGAUCAAGCGCCGCUCGUACCUAGCAUCUCUACGUGUCGUAAAUCUUCUGUUCUACCAGAUCGUCACGCCCAUUCUUUUUCAGCACGCCAUCAUUUACUCCGGCAGUGUCAUAACGAGAUGGGGCGUAACCGCUGUGACCAGCAACGGCGUCACCGGCACUGCUCGUCUUGUAAAAAUGUCAAAGCAUCACCAAUUCCGCGAAAUUGUACGCCGUCUAGAAAUCUGCUUGAAAAUACGGGGUCCGAAUGAUUUCCAAGAUUACAAGCCUGUCAUUGAGGAGAGAGACAAGGACCUUGAGUACAUUGCACGAAUGGGCGCUGUGAUUCAUAGUGCAUUACCCAGAUUUACGAAUCUCAAGAUCCUGAAGCUUAACUUUGAGGACAUUCCUUAUAGUUACAGCCAAGACUUUGAUGACCCAGGUAUGAACAGUUGUUGUUGGGUUCAGGACACUGAGAAUUUCUUCGAGUCCUUGGCAACAGCGCUCUUCAGAUCUGGGCUCAAGAAUUUGGAAGAACUCGAACUCUCCUUACCUCUCGCGUAUGACUUUGGGCAUUUUCUCCGGGACGACGACAAUGGGGGACCUCACUCUCCAAAAGCAUUCUUCAAACGGCUCAAGCGUCUGAGUGUUCACUACGGACACUGUACCGAGGAAGACGAAGACCUCGAAUUUCGGUAUAACCAAUCUAAUCAGAUCUUCGACAAAUACCUCCGACAACUGAUACCACUCGCGACAAACUUGGAUACUCUCAAGGCCAAGGGACCUGAUGUGCUGGUGCUGGAUUCAUCAAGCCUGGAACCCUUGACCCUGGAAGUGCUGGACCUACAGAGUUUGUCUAUAACAGGAGAAACACUUAUAGCGCUCUUUGAACGGUCCACGGCGCUGCGAGAUGUUGUGCUAAUGGGAGUAUACCUCGAGUCCGGCACAUGGGUCGAAAUCCUCACGGCCCUGAGCAAAACGACGCUCACAUCUUUCUACAUCGAAACAUGCGGCUAUCAAAAAGAAGGCGAGACUAUACAACGCGUCCCCCUGAACCCAACCAUGCAAGCCAGACAGGACGAUAGUUAUAUCGAAACCAACCGUGCCGAAGACCUUGACGCGUGUGAACUGGUGUUUGCGCGGGUCCAUGAGAACAUGCGCAAGAUACACGGGGAUAAAUAUGAUGAAGCGGCGGCUGAGAAGAAGCGGGAGGUUCUGCACCAGGAUAUUAUUCGGAAGACCGGGUCGCUUGGGGAGUUUUGUAGAAGGUUCUUUGCGGAGGUUGAGCGGGAGGAGGAUAGUGAUGAUGAGGAUUCUUCUGAGAUUGAAUCUGAGGAUGGGUCGCACAUCGCUGAGUUUCUUGAUGUUGCUUUUGGUCAACGUACUGGAGACUCGGAUGAUGAUGAGGAUGGUGUCUCUUCGGAUGUUGUGUCGUCGGAUUCAGGUUUGUCUGGCGAUGAGUAG